GAGAGACGAGAGAUAGGAAAGACAGGUCUUGCUGUACGUGUGGAUACAGGUACCGGUAAUAAGUAAACUAGUUACUUGCCCAGUCAAGGAACUACUGAGGGACCCACUGGGAGUGUUGAAUCCCAGCGAAACCACCGAGAUGGCUGGGAGAAGUGAUGAGAGGCGGACGGAGUGUGUGGACUGUUCGCUUUGGAUCUUGUGUGUUGAUCCUAGAGAAUAUAUUCGUGGUCGUCGGCUAGGUGUCUGCCAAGUCAGCACUUACCCCUAUUAAGAAACGGAACGUGUGAGAGGUUCCCCUAAGAGUUUUGUUCGUGGACAUCGGUCAAGUGUUGCCAAGACUGAACUUUUAAUUUCUGGACCAGGGAAAGGGAGGAUUUUACCAGGACGUUUUACUUUUGGUUUCACAGACUUUAACUUCAGGCAGUGUGGUCAGCCAACAACAAUAACUCCAGUGUGGAUCCUUACCAAUACUGCAACAAGCUCACCUGUCGACAAUGGGUGGCACAACACCCGAUAACUGGAUGCUGCAAACGACCUUCACAGUUCCACUUUUAUCAGACAAGAGAUCCAACAGGCGCUCGAAGACCGGAGUAUUGUCCGCAACAAGGUACCUCUAGAAGUGGUUCAGCGGGAUAUUGCUUACUUAAAGUCCUCCAGGAAGGCUGGUGGCGACAUGAGUAAGGCUCUUCAAGGUGUUUGCCAAACAUUGGAUUGUGUACUAUCAGCUGAAUACAUCACUAAAAACAUUGAUGACAGACGGGAUCCUUGCAAGGACUUCUACCAGUUUACAUGCGGAGGCUGGAUUGAACAGAAUCCUAUCUUCCUACCUUCCGACAACUAUGACAAAUUUGUUAGCGCUCAUAUCACAGUCAGAGAUAUUAUCAGAGGACUUCUUGACGUCGAUGACAGCACAGCCCCAGAAGCUGUCCAGCAGGCUCGUGCUUACUUCCGGUCCUGCAUGGACGUGGACACCUUGAGCAAUCGUGGAAUUGAGCCGUUAGUGGACUUCCUUGACCGCGACACCAUCCACCCGACACUUCAACCAUUGUGGACAGACACGGGUAUGACGUUCACGGACAUCGUUGAGUACUUCGCUAAUCUGGGUGGCAUUGGUUUCGGGAUACUCGUCAAUUUUGUGGUCGGUCCGGACGAGCUGCAGUCAGACAAGAACAUUAUCGUGUUCCUUCAAACUAGCCUGGCUUUGGGAAAUCGAAAUAAUUAUUUCGGAAAAAGAACUUCAAUGUCGCUGAAGAACUUGGAAGCCAUUUAUGAGCUGACUCAUACAAUGUUGGGUGCAGAUCCGAUUACUGCUGCUCAAGACGCCGAAGACGUGGUGGACUUUGAGAUAAAACUAGCAGAAGCCACUGUUCCACCAGAGGAACAAAAGGACAGAUUCAAGGUUUACAAAAAAAUGACGGUGGCGAACUUGACUGACAGGUUUCCACAGUUUGACUGGUUGAGGUUUUUACGGAAUCAGUUCAGCAAGACAGGAGAGGAUUAUAACAUCACAAUGGACGAGGUGGUAGCCAUUGAUAGUUUACAGUAUUAUGAAAACCUUUUCAACUUGGUCGAUGAAACGCCGACUAGGACGUUGCUGAACUACGGCAUGUGGCGUGUAGUGCAAAUGCUUUUCCGCCUCCUCGACCCAGCUCUCAAAGAGCUCCUAUAUGGACCCAUGGAUGUUGAAAACCAAUGCGUACAGCAAACUACGGCUUUUUUCUCUUUCGCUGUGGACAGAAUGUACGUGAACAAAAUGUCAUCGCCACAUGAGAAACUAAAGGUAGAAAAUAUUACUGAAAGUUUGCUGAAGACUUUCAAGAAGAUGCUGAAGAAUAGCUGGCUGUCACAAGCUACGAAGACAGCAGCUUUGAAAAAGUUGAACUCCAUAGUUCGCAAGAUCGGCUAUCCGGAGUUUGUCCUUGAUGACAAGGCUCUCAAUGCCAAAAGUGACAUGUACUCUGUGGACAAAGACGACUUCUUCGGAACUAACCUUGAUAUAGCGCUAAAAAGAAAACUCUUGAUGAUGAAUAAACUACGAAAGCAGGUGGACAGAACUGAAUGGCUUAUGACAACAGCUACUGUUAACGCUUACUACAACCCAAAGGUCAACGAAAUGGUAGUUCCUGCUGGAAUUCUCUUGCUUCCCUUCUAUUCAAAAAGAUUUUCGGACGCUCUCCUCUACGGUGCCAUUGGAACGGUCAUUGCCCACGAGAUCACUCAUGUUAUCCAGGGUGCAGGUGCUAACCGUGAUGAGAAUGGUAGCCUUCGAAAGUGGUGGCGACAAAAAGACCAGAAGAUUCUCCAAAACCGCACUCAGUGCCUGGUUGAUCAGUAUAAUAAUUUUGUAGACAAGGUGGUCAAUUUACAUGUCGACGGGUUGCUGACUUUAGAUGAAAACGUUGCUGACAUCUCUGGAUUGAAAGUAGCUUUCAAGGCAUAUCGCAGUGUUAUCAAGGAGAGAGGCCGAGAAGAAGACAAGUACCCGACACUGCCGUACACACCGGACCAGCUCUUCUUCAUCGGCGCUACACAAGUCAUGUGUUCAAACUAUGGACCAGCUGUCCGUCUACAGCGUUUGAGGGACAACCACAGCCCGAAUUACUUCAGGGUGAUGGGGUCUAUUCAGAACAACGAGGAUUUCGGUCGAGUAUUCAACUGUCCCGUGGGAAAACCCAUGAAUCCCAAGCACAAGUGUCAAUUCUUGUAAAGAGUAAACUGCAGAAAACGGCGAAGAAAGUUACCAUGUGGAAACCGCAGUUCAAUCACUUUAAUCUCUUCAUCUCGUUUCAACUUGUUGAAAAUAAAAAUGUGCUGAUCUCUUGCUGCAAAAUGUUCUUAGUUUUCGAUUGAUCUUGAAAGUUUACUUAAAAUAUUUAUUGUGGUACAUAGCACCAACACAAUAUCGCUUCCUCCUAGAUUCAAGAUAUGGUGUACACUUUGGGAGUUAAUAAAUGUUGGCAUGUUACACACACAUACACAACAAGGUAUUAAUAACUUGGAUUAAUGUAUCAUCUCCUGGCUUUCACAAAGCAAAAUGUUAAUGCCUUGCGGUUGUGCCUGUUACUCGGCGCAUUUCUACUUGAAAAUAAUAUUAAUAAAUGCAAAGUUUUACCACAUUCCUAAGGAGCAUGCCAACAUUCCAACUCCUGCUCGCGACCGUCAAGCGGAAAACUGAAGUGGUUUGGUCAUGUUGCCUGACAUGACACAUUGACUAAGACAGUCACGUAAAGGUUGUGUGAAAGGCGACCGACGCCGUGGCAAGCAAAAGAGAGGCUUGUUGACCAAUGUGAGGGGAGGGGGACCUUUUCAGACGGGUAGAUGUUUAAUUGGCUAUCGCUCGUUCACAUAAGAUAAAUUUCAUUCGUUUGCUACCCUGCGAUUGGCUCAAAAUAAUCAAAUGAAAAAACUAGUUAGGGCACGAACGAAACGGAACUGUUUUUAUCUAUACUGCUGUUUUACCUGCGAUACACAACUCACUGAAAGGACAAGUGGUCCCACGGGAUUGAUUAGCGACCCACGGCGUUUGAAGCGGAUACUGACAACACUUGAGCCAAGCAGAAGCGACAGUCAAGUACUUUACAAGACAUUCAAGAAACACUGAGCCUCCGCCGACUAUAACCAGUCACCUUGAACUAUUACUACGUCUUUAACAAAACCCACGGUUAAAUAGGCACACCCAGGGGAGGUACAAACAUCUAACAAAGAACAGGAUACAAAGCUGAACAAAGUUUGCCACAGCUUCUAUCACCCACACCCCAAACUUUCUGCCGCGUCGUACACAGAUCAGAAUACACUACUUAUGAUACCAUUACUAUGUUAUCUUCAAACCAUCAGGAGAUAGUAUUAUAAUUAUACAGACUAAUCUCUUACGCUCAUCUCUCUCUCUCUAAUCAUAUCAACAGGAAAGUUUCUUCAAGUUCAACUGUUCGAAGUUACAAAUGCUCACAGUUUGGAAAGGUCCGGUACGUGACGGCUAAGUGUUGGGUCACUGAUAUAAUUCAAUCAGCCUUACAUAUUCCUUAAUUAUGGGAUAUUCCCACUCCACUGGGGAUAUUAGGAUGUCGCCCUACAGGACACAGCUUUGUACCUCUGCCAACGCCAUGUAGGUUGGCCAUAGUGCUUAGGGUACACACGGAAAUCCAACACAAGUCGUGAAGUUCGAAAUGGGAAGAACGUUCACUCUUACACGCCACAUAGGUCGUGUUCUAUAAGAUAACGUACUCUUCACAUUUCCCUCGGACUCUGUUCUCAGUUUUUCUAGCACAUUCUUUCACUCUGACACAGCUAACAUACUCUCAUGUUCAUUCUUUAAAAGUCUACUAGGUUAAAAAGAGGUUUAUAAAACAAUGCGGCACGCAAAUCGAAAAAAAUCUCAUCUAUUGAAAAGAAAAUCGGGAUAAGUGGACCCGCGCAGUUCAAACCAGUGUUUUUCCGGGGUCAGCUGUACGUAAUCAAAACCCAAAUGUAUUUCUUUAUUCAAUGCCUGGCACAGUUGUUACCUCCAUUUGGUUCUUGGCAACGUAUGACUGCACUUUCUCAUAAUACUGUCGGCCACAGAUGUGCAAUAUGGAUCGUUAUACUCUGCAAUAUUCAUAAAAAAAUUAUGAAUAUGACUACUAGUUCAAUAAAUAAGUAUGACUGCUGAAGAAAUCAAUAAUAAUAAGUUUAUUUGUAUAGCGCUUUUUCUCACCUAUAAAGGUGGGCUCAAAGCGCUUUACUAAAACAAAAACACACAAAUAUAAUAGGAAUGGAUGCUGGUCUCAAAAACAGUUGUAGCAUCACUGUAUAUUUGUGACUUUCGCCUAUCACAGUCUAUAGAUGAUAGGCACAGGCAACACUGAUAAACCUUGUUUUCUGCCAGUUGUAGGGAGGUGAUAUCGUAAGACCGACUUGCAGGUGGAGAAUCAGACAGUUGAGAUUUGGAACAAGCACAAUGCUUUGUUACUGAUUUAUCUGACAUAACUUUUGUCUCUCUUUCGCCUCUUGACACUUUUACAAGCUACUAAUUUUAAUAAAGACAUACAGCAGUCAGGUCAAAGGCCUCAAAGACAAGUUGGCCCUUUUCAGCAUCAACAUCAAUCAGAUUAGUCUGAACCGUAUAUUUCACUGAGCUUCAUGAUGUCAAUCAUUGCAGACUGAUGUGUACACCACAUAAAGCUUGCUGUGACACCUAGACAUUCUGAAGCAGCUGGAGGAAGGCAAUCAAAGUUUGAAGUCGACACUGCCGAUACACAUCUCACAUCUUAGUAAUGGCAAGAUGGCGCUGGUGUGACAGUAGAAAUAAAAUGGCACAGGAAAAGAUGAAAAAUCCAUCCAGGAACGAAGCAAAUAUCGUAACAAAUGUACUGAUGAGCAUUACACACAAAACUUCAACAAGCAAAUAUGAAAAGUGAGGGAGAGGAGUCACCCUGGAGCCCGUUAGGCUCACCGAGAGACCCUCAUCCAGGGAAUGUAGGUCCGAGUUCUUGGCACUCUCUUGUCUUGAUCAUUGUUGUUGUACUCAGUUCACUUUCUUACUGAAUAGAUUCGUGCUCUCUCGCUGACGCAUGAUUUGUUCCGACACUAAAAUUUCAUGGUUUUUUCCCGAUGAAACAAGCGAGUUUGUGGCCAGAGAAAACUAUUGAUUUGGCCAGGCUUAAGGAGCCCGAUGCAACGAUGCAAAACAAAAUAUAAUAAUUCUUACCGGCGCUAUCCUAUUAAAAUCGAUGAGCUUAAAAUAGGGAAUACAAAUGAAAACCUUUGCAAGAUUUGCAGCGUAUGGUGUAAAAAGCAGUCAUAAUUGUCAGCCAUAAUUACUUUUACGAGCAACUGAUCCCCCAUCAAUUGAGCAGCAACUAUAUUUUCCAUUAACAUAAAGAAGUAAAAUUAUUUCCUUCUUCAGUCUACUUCCUUCUUUCUAUCUCUGGGUAUAGAAGGUUAUUCUUUGUCCCUGCAAGCGUCUGUAAGACCAAGCCUAAUUUCUUCCUGUAGUACUCGACGAACGCACACCAAUGGUCACGUGACGUCAACGCUAGCACAGCCAGUGAAAGCGGUAGGUGACACAGAGGUUCAUGCUUAUUUAUAGAUAAAUGAUGCAUACAGCUGGCAAGCUAAAGGCGUGUGCGUUCAUGCGAACCGCCGAGUAGCACCGUCAACAACAGGAUGAAAAAGACCGAGACACGUGUUACAUGUCCUGCAUCUUCAAUCAGCCCCCACAUUGCAGGACUUUCCUGACUUCGUUGUUUACGUCAAAUCUGGCUUCAAGUGUGAUCGUACUUCCUGUAUUACACAUCAGCCAUCCUUCAAGGAACCGGAAUUAAAUAUUCGUAGGUCAUGCGCUUAUACACAUAGAUACAUGGUGACGGAAAAUGCAUAUUUUAAGUAAACUCCAACAUACCUCCUAAAGUGCACGCAUACUUCUGUAUAAAAGAGAAGCGAACGUCAGUCACACGUCCACAUACUCAUUAUAUGCAAACACGCCGUGAAAAGAAAGUCAAAAAUCGCUGAAGUGUCUUCGUUGAGGAAGAAAGAAGAAAUUUACAAUCUGUCUCCGUGCCCCAUCACCUCCAUACCCCCAGCCGUUUCGGGAGGCAUUGCACAGUGUGGGCUCUGUGUUCUUGGCAGUACAUGGUCAUUGUUAUCUUCCACAAAUCCUAACCAGGCCACCAGACUGAGAAUAGAGCCCCUCUCCUCACCAAGUACGAAGGUUGUUCAUGUGACAGAUUCUAGCCAAUCGUAACAGAGCGACAGACACGUCGCCUCUCUUUGAAGAUCCUGUGCGGCGCGUUAUCUUUUCCUUCACAUCGCUUGACGUCAGUCGCUGAUGACGAUGGAUGACAGUAAGCCAUCCAGUACAGCAGCCAGCACUGCUGACUUAUAUCCAGAGUACACCGGGUCAAAGGGAAAAGACACCAUGAGGGCCAGGUCCA